UAUUAGACGUGAAACCGAGGCCGAAAUCCAGAAGGAAGUAUCUACCAGCUCAUCGCGAUCCUAUACAGAGGCAGAGAAGAGGUUUUUAGAACGAAAAAGAAAAAUGGAAGCCGAGCGUAUCUUGAAGAAAGCUAGCUUGACACACAAGGAAAAAGUAGAAGAAUUCAACAGACAUUUGGAUUCUCUUACUGAACACUUUGAUAUUCCCAAAGUAUCAUGGACCAAGUGAAGUGGGAAGAAUUACUUUUUUUUUUACAUUUAUAUUAUAGAUUUUUUUCCUUUCCUGUAUAUUAUGGAAACAAGGUUUUUGUUUUUUUCCCUUAUGGUUCUAGCAAUAUUGGAAAAGAAAAUUGUGGUAACCAUUGAGUAAAUGACUAGAUUUAUGCAAAUUUAUUUUAUUAAUCCUUGUAAUGUUUGCUUGAUAUUCACAGCUAUGCAAGAGUUACAAAGGGACAAAGCAAAUAGAAGCCCAAUAUGUAUAUUCUGUUCAUUGCAUGAUGUAAUUAGAAAACGAUUAUUUUUCAGGUAUCACUGACGAUUUUAACUGUAAGUCGGAUAUAAUAAAAGCAAAAAUGUAUG